CGCUCCGACAGCAUCAUGGCGGAGCAGGGCGAGUCACCGGUCCACGUCCAGCAGCCUCAGCCGGCACCCGCACCCGCCGCCCCGGCCGUCGGCUGGCCCAUCUGCAGGGACGCCUACGAGCUGCAGGAGGUUAUCGGUAGCGGUGCUACAGCAGUUGUCCAGGCAGCACUAUGCAAACCCAGACAAGAGCGUGUAGCAAUAAAGAGGAUCAACUUAGAAAAAUGCCAAACCAGUAUGGAUGAAUUGCUUAAAGAAAUUCAAGCAAUGAGUCAAUGCAAUCACCCCAAUGUGGUGACCUAUUACACUUCUUUUGUGGUGAAGGAUGAACUUUGGCUGGUUAUGAAGCUGUUAAGUGGGGGUUCAAUGCUUGAUAUAAUAAAGUAUAUCGUCAACAGAGGAGAGCAUAAAAAUGGUGUCCUUGAAGAACCCAUAAUAGCAACAAUUCUUAAAGAAGUUUUGGAAGGCUUAGACUAUCUACACAGGAACGGGCAAAUUCACAGAGAUUUGAAGGCUGGCAACAUUCUUCUGGGUGAAGAUGGCUCUGUACAAAUAGCAGAUUUUGGUGUUAGUGCAUUUUUAGCAACGGGAGGUGAUGUUACUCGUAACAAAGUAAGGAAAACAUUUGUUGGUACUCCAUGUUGGAUGGCCCCUGAAGUAAUGGAGCAGGUGCGAGGGUAUGACUUCAAGGCUGAUAUGUGGAGUUUUGGGAUAACAGCCAUUGAGUUGGCAACAGGAGCAGCACCUUAUCACAAAUACCCUCCUAUGAAAGUGUUAAUGCUGACACUUCAAAACGACCCUCCCACUUUAGAGACGGGUGUAGAGGACAAAGAGAUGAUGAAAAAGUAUGGCAAAUCCUUUAGAAAACUAAUUUCAUUAUGCCUUCAAAAAGAUCCUUCCAAAAGGCCCACAGCAGCAGAACUUUUAAAAUGCAAAUUUUUCCAGAAAGCCAAGAACAGAGAAUACUUGAUUGAAAAGCUUCUCACUAGAACACCUAAUAUAGCACAAAGAGCAAAAAAGGUCAGACGGGUACCGGGUUCCAGUGGUCACCUCCAUAAAACAGAAGAUGGGGACUGGGAAUGGAGCGAUGAUGAAAUGGAUGAGAAGAGUGAAGAAGGCAAAGCUGCUGUUUCUCAGGAAAAGUCAAGAAGAGUAAAAGAAGAUGAGAACACAGAGGCUCAGCCUGCAGUUAGUGAUGAAUAUAGUGAAGUUCCAUGUGCAGUAAAUCUUGUCUUAAGAUUAAGGAACUCCAGGAAAGAACUUAAUGACAUACGGUUUGAGUUUACUCCAGGCAGAGACACAGCAGAUGGCGUUUCUCAGGAGCUGUUCUCUGCAGGCCUGGUUGAUGGCCAUGAUGUAGUUAUAGUUGCUGCUAACUUGCAGAAGAUAGUAGAUGAUCCAAAGGCCUUGAAAACAUUGACUUUUAAGUUGGCCUCUGGCUGUGAUGGCACUGAGAUUCCCGAUGAAGUGAAACUGAUUGGGUUUGCUCAGUUAAGUGUCAGCUGAUGUCUGUCCUUUGACCCCAAGACGAGUUGUGAGAUUGCAAAGAGGCCAGCUUAGACGCAAAGGAAAAUUAAUGCACCACACCUGGAGUUCUGCUUCAUUCUCUAGCAAUUCACAAAUCGGAACAAGCAAAGCCCACAGCUACACCGCUGCUGCUAACAUUAAAAAUGCUAUUAAAUGUCUCUUAGAGGUUGAUUUGGA